AUGGCUGCAUUAAGGAUACAGUUUUGGGAUAAGAUACGGUCGCAGCUUUCAGCUUUUAAAAUUCUGGUCAUCUUACUUCAAAUCGGUGUUGCGUUAGGUAUUUCGCUUUUCUCGCCAUUAUUUCUCAGGUACUUUUGCCUUCCGAAGGUGGUUGAAUAUUCUCCGCAACUGCACUUCACUUUCACAACUUGUCCAAAUCAACUUGCCGGAGUGUGUUCUUUUCCUACAGCAAUUGUUUCGCUUACAGAGGACGGGGUUGCAUUACCAGACGGGAUUCGUUAUGAUAUCUUUGUUGAAGUACCAGCGUAUGUCUCAAAAAAUAAAAACGAAAUUGGAGCUUUCCAAGUAGUAGUCGAAAUCUUUACCAGUGAGGGGCGGAAAGUGUCACUUUUUCGGCGCACAACUUUUUUAGACAAUUCGUUUACUGGAUUUCUUCCACUGGCAAAACGUUUCCUAUUCUUUCCUUUAAAUUUGUUUAAAUGGUGGGAUGAGGAAGUGGUUCGCGAUUUGAGAAUUCAUGUCACCGAUCGCUUUGUUGAAGAUCCUGUGUUAAAGACGUCCAAAAUGUCUGUCCAGAUUCAGAAUCGUUUUCUACAGGUCGCCUCAGGGAAAUUGUUCUUAAAUGCUCGAUUUGGUUUUUUUCGGAGUUUUCUUUACAAUUGGCCGUUUCUAUCUUCUAUCGUAAUAAUUGGAGUUUUUUUAUCUUGCACAUUUUCCUUACUUACUGUGUAUUGGGGAUACCGGAGUAUAUGUUUGUUCUUAAAAGAUACUGAUUUGACGAAUUUGUCACAGUCGGACGUUUAUGGGAAGGAGGUGCUGAGGGGAGGAAAGAUGAAUAAGCUACAGCAGAGUAGUUCAUGUAGAGCCAGUUAUGAGUCUUUUGAUUCUGUAUGCCAAGAUGUUGAUUCGGUGGUACCAAAUGAGAAGAACAAUAUUUCCUUUGAAAAUGUUGCCAAUCCUUUUAACGGGGAUUCUGGAAAUUUUGAGGGGACAGCACUCAGGCGGCGUCGAGUUAAAAAGUCCUAUGAACAUACUGUGCGAUCUCCCCGUUAG